CCAUUAUAAUCUCCUUAAAGCCCAUCAUGUAACCUUAUACGGUCGAUUCGACCGACACGCGAAAGAGACGACGACGAGUGACGAAGCAGCGAUGGGGAAAACAUCGGGAGCGAAACAGGCGACUGUGGUGGUAGCAGCGUUAGCGUUCGGGUGGUUAGCCAUAGAGAUCGCUUUCAAGCCUUUCCUCGACAAAUUCCGCUCCUCCAUUGACCAAUCUGACCCAUCCAAAGACCCGGAUGACUUCGAAUCCGACGCCGCCGCCGCUACUACUAAGACCCCGUCCGACGAGGGUUUGUAAAAUUAGGGUUUUUGGCUUUGCUGAUUUCAAUCUAUAUCUGUUUCGUGUAUUGAUGAAUCUUUUGGUUUAGUAUGUACCAAAAAAAAUCAAAAACAGUUGCGUUACUCUAUUGUCCUAAUGUUUUUUUUUUUGGAAAUUUCUGCUAUAAUCUUGAAUC